CAUGAAAUAUUUUUCCGACGAAGUAUUUUUGUCUUUCCUUUUUUUUGGGUGGGACAAUGGAAAGAAUGUGACUGGUUCUUGAUUUUAAAAAAUAGUGGGAUCCAAAUGGAAUAAUAAAGAAUAUGGGGCAUGGAGAAGUAAAUUAGUUGAAUUUGACCUCCGGCAGCUGGUUGACUGCAGGCAAAGAGUAUGGCAGAGCACGGUGGAGAUUCCGGAGAAGACGCGAACGCCCACCGCCUCAUAACCCUAGCGGAGGAGAAGUACGCUUCCGGCGACCUCAAUUCAGCUAUCCAAUUUGCCAAGCGCGCCCACAGUCAGCGCCCCAAUCUAGACGGCCUUUCCGAAAUGCUCGCCGCCUUCAAAAUCCUUCGCACCGCCGCCGCAUCGAGCGACGGAGUCCCCGGUACGCCGGAUUACUACAAGAUUCUCCAGGUCGAGCGGUUCUCCCGCAUCAACGGCAUUAAGAAGCAGUACAAGAAGCUCGCUCUAACCCUCCACCCUGACAAGAAGCCUUUCGCGGCAUGCGAGGAUGCAUUCAAGGUCGUCGCUGAAGCGUUUAGGGUUCUGUCGGAUAAGAUCAGGCGAAAAGAGUACGAUUUGAGACUGACAAUCGCUAUGCAGUCUGAAACAGGGGAAGAAGAAGCUGCCGCGGCAGUAGAGACAUUCCAGACGGCGUGUUCCAAUUGCAGAUUGGUUCAUAAGUUUGACAGAAAGUAUGUGGGGCAAAACUUGAUGUGUCCUAACUGUAGUAAGAGCUUCAAAGCUGUUGAAGCAUCUGAAAAUUCUUCGGAUUCUACGGGCAUUUGCAGUGAGGAUGAGCGAAAUGAUGAAAUUCCAGGGACUAGGGUUAGUGCUAGGAUCAAGGCUAGGAAAACCAGUAGUGUUGGGGAGAUCUUACUGAGGGCAAAGAAAAGAUCAUUUGGAGAUGUGGAAGGAUCAUCCAAGAGGUUGGUUGAGUCCAGAAAUGUCGUGUUCGAAGGGGAAAGCUCUAGGUCAAAGAUCUCAGAGUAUAGUGAAGAAGAAGAAGAUCAUGAUGAUGAUGAUGAUAAUGAUGAUGAUAAUGAUGAAACAAUGACAUUAGCAGAGAUGCAAAUGCUUGCGAUAAAGAAGAUGAAUAAGGAUAAGGCGAUUGUGAAGAAGAAGGAAAGCAGAAAGAGCAAGGACAUACUACAAUUGUGCUUGAGUGAAAAUGAAAGCGAAAUAGAUGGAGAAUCCAUCACGACUAGGAACGGGAAAGUAAAGGAGGGCAAGAUUUUCAAGAAAGGGCAGGUUUGGGCUGUUUAUAGAGAGGAAGACGAUGAUGGUGGGUUACCACGACACUAUGCAUUGAUUCAUGAAGUAGUGUCAUUGAAUCCCUUCAAGAUAAGAUUGUGUUGGUUGCAAUAUCAACACAAUGGCAGAAAAACGGGCCCACACAUGUCUUGCGGGAGAUUUAAGGUUUCCAAGCAGACGUCUGCAAUGUCAGCGAAUAUGUUUUCCCAUAUUGUAGACUGUGAAAGAGUGGCCAGAGAAGUGUACAUGGUGUAUCCUAGAAAGGGCACCGUUUGGGCGAUGUACGCUGAAAACGGUGCAAAUAAUCAAGGGGUGGAGGAGGGCGGGCAGUAUGAUAUAGUUGUGUGUUUGACGAGUUACAGCGAAGUGUACGGGCUGAGUUUGGGAUACCUUGAGAAGGUUGAUGGGUUUAGGACACUUUUCAAGAGGAGGGAGGUUGGGGUUGAUGGGGUAAGACGGAUUGGGAAGGACGAGAUAGGACUGAUGUCCCACCAAAUUGCUGCUGCCAGGAAGGUUUCUGGGGAAGAGGCAGGUGCCAUUGGUAAGGACUGCUGGGAACUGGAUGAUCCCAUCAUCUUCAGUUCCUCAUAACAAUAAGAAGAUGGUGUUCAGUGUUUUUUUCUCAAGAGGGACAGACAAGUGUGUUGCAAGUUGCCCCUCC